GCACGGAAGUUCGGGCUCUUGGGGCUUUCCGACGUUACUCCGAGGGCUCUGGGGCUGGAUUUUGCGUCCCUGAAGGCUGGUGCCACAGUGGCAAAGGAGCCCCCGCCACGGCGGACCGUGGGAGUUGAGACGUGCAGCUAUGCUUCCAGAUUCUUCUGUGGAUUACCAACAGCAACAAAAAAUGAAUGAAUCUCUGGGGUUGGUGUCAUUUGAGGACGUGGCUGUGGACUUCAGCUGGGAGGAGUGGCAGGACCUGGAUGAUGCUCAGAGGACCCUGUACAGGGAUGUAAUGCUGGAGACCUACUGCAGCUUGGUGUCCUUGGGGCAUUGUGUUCCCAAACUUGAAGCAAUCAUCAAGUUGGAACAAGGAGCAGAACCAUGGAUGGGUGAAGAACCUCAAGACCAGAGCCUUGUAGGACACCGUGUUCCCAAACCUGAGGGGUUCAUCAAGCUGGAGCAAGGAACAGAGCCGUGGAUGGGAGAAGAACCCCCAGAUCAGAGCCUUGUAGAUGUCCGGCAAGUGGAUAAACUGAUUGAGAAUUGCCAGGAAAGUCCAGACAGACAUCUGUGGCAAGUUGUAAUCACCAACGGUAACACAGCAGAGCAGAGAGUUGGAUUAGGAAGAACUUUUAAUAUGAGCUCAAACCAUAUUUCAAAGCUGAUUUUGAACAAUGGGAACUACUUAGGAAUGAGAAGUGAAGAGUUUAUUGUGUAUCAGAAUAUGCUUCUCUCUAGUAAGCCUGAUGAGAGGUUUCCUGGAGAGAAGUCUGGUGCCUGUCAUGUUGCUGGGAAACCUCUCAGAUAUCCUGAACAUUUUAGUGAGCAUCAUGAUAGUCAGUCUGGGCAGCAGAAUUUUGAAUAUGAUGCAGAAAGGAAAGCAUUUAACACAGAGACAAUAUUCUUUAUACAUAAGAGGGUUCCCAUUAGAGAGCCGUCCUAUGACAAGUCUGCUCUCAUUGUCCAAGAGAUAACUCAGGUAGGGAGAAAAACUUCUGAAUGUAAUGUGUGUGGGAAAACAUUCUAUGUAAAGCAUAUCUUCACUAAACAGAAAAUGCUUGUAGGAGAGAACCCCUAUACAUGUAGUGAAUGUGAGAAAUCCUUUAAGAAAGAAUACCUUGCAAAACUUCAGAGGAAAUAUACAGAGGAGAAGCCCUAUGAGUAUAUCACAUAUACAAAUUCUUUGUGUCAGCAGUCAGACCUCACUUUACUACCUAGAACUCACAUAGGUGAGAAACCCCACGAAUGUAAUGAAUGUAGGAAAUCUUUCUACCGCAAAUCAGACCUCACUGUUCAUCAGAGGACUCAUACAGGAGAGAAACCCUAUGAAUGUAAUGAAUGUAGGAAAUCUUUCAACCAGAAGUCAAACCUCAGCAGGCAUCAGAGAAUUCACACAGGAGAGAAACCUUACGAAUGUAACAAAUGUGGGAAGUCUUUCAACCAGAAGUCAGACCUCAUUUUACAUCAGAGGACUCACACAGGAGAAAAACCAUAUGAAUGUGAUGAAUGUGGGAAAUCUUUCUACAAGAAGUCAGACCUCACUGUACAUCAGAGAAAACACACAGGAGAGAAACCCUAUGAAUGCCAUGAAUGUAGGAAAACAUUCUAUCAGAAAUCAAAACUCACCGUACAUCAACGAACUCACACAGGAGAGAAACCCUAUGAAUGCAAUGAAUGUGGGAAGUCUUUCUACCAGAAGUCUGACCUCACUGUACAUCAGAGAACCCACACAGGAGAGAAACCCUAUGAAUGUAACAGAUGUAGAAAAUCCUUCUACCAGAAGUCAGUCCUCACUGUGCAUCAGAGAACACACACAGGAGAGAAACCCUAUGAAUGCAAUGAAUGUAGAAAAACCUUUUGCCAGAAGUCACACCUCAGCAGGCAUCAGAGAACUCAACACAAAGUAGACCCUGUGAAUGUAAAGAAUGUAGGAUCUUUCAGCCAAAAGUCAAAUCUCAGCAGGCAUCAGAGAACUCACACCGUAGAGGAACCCCAUAAAUUGAGGAAAACAUUUUAUCCAAAAUCACAUCUCACAGAACAUCAGAGAAUUUACAGAGAAAUCCUGCAUGACAAAGAUGGUCUAUGUGUUCUCUAAAAUCCACUCUUGGCAUACACUGAGUCCACACUUCUCAGCCUCUCACUAUCUUUGGUUGGGAUUGUGUACCUGAAAAUUGUCCACAGGAUAUGGACACAGUGAUGGACAUUAUUUCAGGCCUGGCAACAGAUGACCAGAAAUACCUUCUUAUUUCUUAUGCCCUUUGGGAGGGACUGAGGUCAGAUUUCCCCCAAGUGGCCUUUGGAGUUACAGAUGGGAGAAGGUUCCCAUAUACCCGCCAAGGAAUUCAUUGAGGAGAGCAAGGU